AUGACCAACAUUCGAAAAGUUCAUCCACUGGCCAAGAUCAUUAACAGCUCGCUCAUUGACCUACCCGCACCAUCCAAUAUCUCAGCAUGAUGAAACUUUGGAUCCCUACUCGCAACAUGCUUAGUCUUACAAAUCCUAACAGGACUAUUCCUAGCCAUGCACUAUACCUCAGACACCACCACAGCCUUCUCAUCAGUCGCCCAUAUUUGCCGAGACGUGAACUACGGCUGAAUCAUCCGAUAUAUACACGCCAAUGGAGCUUCCAUAUUCUUUAUCUGCCUUUACAUACACGUAGGACGAGGACUGUACUAUGGAUCCUACACACUCACAGAGACAUGAAAUAUUGGCAUCAUCCUCUUACUUACAAUUAUAGCCACGGCAUUCAUGGGCUACGUACUUCCAUGAGGACAAAUAUCAUUCUGAGGGGCAACCGUCAUCACUAACCUCCUAUCAGCAAUCCCUUAUAUCGGAGCCAACCUAGUAGAAUGAAUUUGAGGAGGAUUCUCAGUUGAUAAAGCAACCCUGACACGAUUCUUCGCCUUCCACUUUAUCCUCCCCUUCAUAGUAUCAGCAUUAGUAAUAGUCCACCUACUAUUCCUACAUGAGACAGGAUCCAAUAACCCAUCGGGAGUCUCCUCUGACUCAGACAAAAUCCCAUUCCACCCAUAUUAUACAAUUAAAGAUAUCUUAGGAACCCUUCUGCUAAUCUUAAUCCUAAUACUACUAGUAAUAUUCUCACCAGAUCUACUAGGAGACCCAGACAACUACAUCCCAGCCAACCCCCUCAGCACUCCACCACACAUUAAACCUGAAUGAUAUUUCCUAUUCGCCUACGCUAUUUUACGAUCUAUCCCCAAUAAAUUAGGAGGAGUCGUAGCCCUACUCCUGUCAAUCUUAGUCCUUGCCAUUAUCCCACUACUCCAUACGUCAAAACAACGAGGGAUAAUAUUUCGACCCAUUAGCCAAUGCCUCUUCUGACUAUUAGUAGCUGACUUACUAACACUAACAUGAAUCGGAGGACAGCCAGUUGAAUACCCCUUUAUUGCCAUUGGCCAACUAGCCUCAAUCCUAUACUUCAUAAUCCUCCUAGUACUUAUACCCAUAGCCGGAAUUAUCGAGAACAAUAUCCUAAAAUGAAGA